GCUCAUCUUGUUUCGGAACCUCCCUACUGACCUUGUGAACCUUUGUGAUGCCUCUCGUAUCCAGCAUGAAGGACAUGACACGGGGAAAGCUGGGGGCGUAUUGGCUUGGCUCGUUAGUCUGCACAGGAGGAUUCCCGAGCCAACCUCAAAGCUGGAAGGAAGCACACGUUGAAUAUGCCCAGAACACCGACGUACUAUGCUGGUAAACGUUGGCGGAGUCUUGACCCUUGACUCGCUCCAGGGCGACUAUGGCUACAACACCGAGCAUGCCACCCGGACGAGCUCCCUUGCCCUCCGGUUCCAGCAGCUGGGCGCCUUCGCCGCCUACUUCGCCGCCUGGCCCCUUACGGCCAGGAUCGGCCGCAGAAAGGCGCUGAUGCUGUUGUCAGCCGUCUUCUGCAUCGGCGCGGUCAUCCAGACCGUCAACACCCAUUCCCUGCCCGCAUUCUACGUCGCGAGAGUCAUCACCAGCCUGGGUCUUGGCGCAGCCACAGUCGUCGUUCCCAUGUUCAAUGGCGAGAUGAUGCUGAAAGAGCUGCGGGGCCGGGUUGGGUCAUUCUUCCAGCUGUUCUUCACCCUUGAGGCUUGGGAGGGUCUGAAGUGGGUCAGAGGGAGUGACUCCCAGGAGACCCAAGAUGAGAUGGAGGAGAUUCGUGUUGGCGUUGAGAACGAGGCCCGGGCUAUGGAAGGGGUCAGCACAGAGCUCCUCCAAACUGAUAACUUCAAACGGAUCUCCACAGCGUUUGCUGUCUUCACGGCGCAGCAAGCAACAGGAGCAACAGCAUUCGCUUACUUUGGUCCUCAGUUUUUCAAGCUCCUUAUCGGUGGCGGUGACAGGGACCUUCUCCUCACCGCCAUAUUCGACGCAGUGAAUGUUCCUGCUUGCAGCACAUUCGUCUUAUUCCUCGCUGAUCGAGUGGGCCGUCGCGCCGUCUUGAUCGGUGGCGUUGCCUUCAUGGCGGCGUGCCAGAUAACCACCGCAGCUGUGGUCAAAGCAACCCCUCCACCAGAGGGGGGCAAGGUGACUUCUUCGGGCAUCGCCACCGUCGCUCUGAUCUAUCUUUUCGUCAUUGCCUACAACUUCAGAUGGGGCCCACUUCCGUGGCCAUACAUCUUCCCGGCCCGGAUUCGGGAAUCUGGAGUGGCCAUCGGCGUUGCGUCUCAGUGGCUGUUCAAUUUUCGUCUUUUCCGGACGACGCCAUAUAUGAGGACCAAUAUGGGCCCUUCCUGCUCCUUCUUGUUCCUCAAAGAGAGCAGGGGCUUUUCGCUGGAGACAAUUGGUCACCAGCGAUUUGCAAAGGGAAGCUCAGCUGAGGCUACCAGGCUUGGGGAGGAUGUGUCUGUGGCUCGUGACGAGCACAUCCAGCGUAGCCCUGAAUAG